AUGAAGUCUACGACCAUCCUCGCCUUGGCUAGCAUUGCCAUUGCAGCUCCCACCCGCACCAUCGAGAACCGCCAGCUGUCCGGUCUCGGUUCCAGCACUGGGACCAGCAGUGGCCUGGAUGCCUGGAAGUCUCUCAUCCCAGGAGCUUCGGGGUCUAGCAGCAGCUCCGAUGCCUCUAGCUCAGACACCUCGUUAGGCAGUGGACUCAGUGGACUCAGUAUCCCCGGUUUGGGCUCGGGCUCUUCCACCGAAAAUGGCGUGACCCAGAAUUCCGGCUGCAAGGAGUACACAUUCAUCUUUGCGCGCGGAACUACCGAGACGGGUAACAUGGGCACGGUCAUUGGACCCCCUCUUGCCAAGCAGUUGAACUCCCUGACUAGCGACAAGGUCACCGUCCAGGGCGUGGAUUAUCCCGCGGACGCAGCGGGCAACGCAAUGAUGGGCGCAUCUGGCGGUCCCACCAUGGCUAAGCUCGUCAAGCAGGCUCUUAGCCAGUGCCCUAAGACCAAGGUCUUGUUGGGCGGAUACUCCCAGGGUGCCAUGGUCGUCCACAAUGCUGCCAACAGCCUCACUGCCGACCAGAUUACCGCUGCCGUUCUUUUCGGUGACCCACUCAAGACUCAGAGUGUCGGUAAGGUUGCCGAUGGUAAGGUCAAGGAGUUCUGUCACCUUGGUGACCCUGUCUGCCUCAACGGUGCAAAUGGCAUGGCGCACCUUACUUACGGCACUGACGCUGAGGCGGCUGCGAAGUUUUUGAUUGAAGCUGCUGGUGGUUCUACUUCUUCACCGACCGCAGAACGGAGCGUUUGCGCAGUACAUCGCCGCGCCCCGGCCGGCUUUGACUAUGCUUCGCCGACCUGCGGCCACGAUAUCCGGGAAUUUAACCACACACGCCGACACGCCGAGCUUCGCGCUCGGUUGCAUCAUCGAUCUCCCCUCGAUGAGUAUCUGCUACAAGGCAACGGCCGCGAUGGGGACCAGUAUCUGAGCCUGGAGCCGUUUCCCUUGCCCAUCAGCAUCGAGUCGAGCCACCCAGGAUUCAAGGGCGUCAUUGGCGGCUUGGACGCCGUGCACAAAGGCGAAGUUGCUUGGGUUAACCCUGCGCUAUCACACCGAGGAACACACAAACUACCUAACUACCUAAUACCUACGCACCCGUAA